AUGGCCUCCCACCUCGACUUCCGCUACCUGGAUGAGGGCCUCGGCGGCGAGCGCGGCAAGCGCAAGCGCCGCGAGGAGGCAGAGGCGGCGGCGGCGGACUCCAUGGACCUCGAUGCCGACGCGGCCCGGCCUUCUAAGCUCCGCGCCAUGCCUUCCCUCUCCGACCCGUCGAAGCCGGCCUCCUUCGGCCAGCCCACCUACGACGGCGUCAUGGCGGGGCGCGUGUCGGGGCGCCGGUGGAAGGAGCCCCGCACCCGGCGGGCGUCGGCCGUGGUGGUGUCGCGGAAGCGGACCCCGCUGGAGCAGCGCGUCCGGGAGAAGUCGCUGAAGCGCGCGUACCAGGCCCGCAAGGCGGAGCUCAAGGAGGAGAUCCGGCAGAACAAGGUGGCGAAGCGGAAGGCCCGCGAGGAGCGGGAGAAGCGCAAGCAGGAGAACGUGCUCCGCACGGGCACCAAGCUGCAGCGGGUCACCAACCCCAAGACGAUCCAGAAGAUCGCCAAGUCCAAGAAGCGCAAGCAGCUCAAGGUCGUCCCCGACGAGUUCUUCGGCGGUAAGAAGUCGGAGGCCAACCGACGCAUGCAGGUGCCUGGACUCGAAAAUUGA